UACAUAUCACUCCACCUCGUCACUCUCCUGUCUCCUCUCAAAUCGAUCGAUCGGUUGAGAAGAGAAAAAAAAAAUUGGAACUGCGUUCCCCCAUGGCGCAGCUCCCCUGCCUCUCAGCCGCGCGCCCGCUGCUCGCGCUCGCAGUGCCCCCGAGGCGGAGGCAGUGGCACGGGCCACGCGGCGGCGUGCGACGGCCCAAUGCGGCGGGGAGGGGGGUCCGGGCGGACGCGGGGCCCGUGGCCGCGGCGUUGGAGGCGGAGGUCGACGACGAGGAGGUGGUGGUGGAAGAGAGGUACGCUCUGGGCGGCGCGUGUAAGGUGUUCGCGGGAAUGCCUUCGCCGCUGGGGGCCACCGCGCUCGCCGGCGGGGUCAACUUCGCCGUCUACUCCGGCGGCGCCACCGCCGCAGCGCUGUGCCUGUUCACGCCCGAGGAUCUCAAGGCGAAUAGGGUCACUGAGGAGGUUCCGCUUGAUCCCCUAGUAAAUCGGACGGGGAAUGUGUGGCAUGUCUUUAUCCAAGGGGGGCAGCUGCACACCAUGCUCUACGGGUACAGGUUUGAUGGCGUGUUCGCCCCUGAGCGCGGUCAGUACUAUGACGUGUCCAAUGUCGUGGUGGAUCCAUAUGCUAAGGCAGUGAUAAGCCGAGGCAAAUACGGUGUUCCGGCGCCUGGAGGCAAUUGCUGGCCUCAAAUGGCUGGCAUGGUCCCUCUUCCAUAUAGUACGUUUGAUUGGCAAGGCGACCUGCCCCUAAGAUAUCAUCAGAAGGACCUUGUAAUCUAUGAAAUGCAUUUGCGUGGAUUCACAAAGCAUGAUUCAAGCAACACCCAACAUCCAGGAACAUACAUCGGUGCUGUCUCGAAGCUUGACUAUCUGAAGGAGCUUGGAGUGAAUUGUGUAGAGUUAAUGCCCUGCCACGAGUUUAACGAGCUGGAGUACCUCAGCUCCUCUUCCAAGAUGAACUUUUGGGGAUAUUCUACGAUAAACUUUUUCUCACCAAUGACAAGAUAUUCGUCAGGUGGCAUAAACAACUGUGGGCAUGAUGCCAUAAAUGAAUUCAAAACUUUUGUACGAGAGGCCCACAAACGUGGAAUUGAGGUGAUCAUGGAUGUUGUCUUCAACCAUACAGCUGAGGGUAAUGAGAAUGGCCCAAUAUUGUCAUUUAGGGGGAUAGAUAACAGUACGUACUACAUGCUUGCACCUAAGGGGGAGUUUUAUAAUUAUUCUGGUUGUGGAAAUACCUUCAAUUGUAAUCAUCCUGUGGUCCGUGAAUUUGUCGUUGAUUGCUUGAGAUACUGGGUAAUGGAAAUGCAUGUUGAUGGUUUUCGUUUUGAUCUUGCAUCUAUAAUGACCAGAGGAUGCAGUCUGUGGGAUCCAGUUAAUGUGUAUGGAAGUCCAUUGGAAGGUGACAUGAUCACAACUGGGACACCUCUUGUUACUCCACCACUAGUUGACAUGAUCAGCAAUGACCCAGUUCUUGGAGGUGUCAAGCUCAUUGCUGAAGCAUGGGAUGCAGGAGGCCUCUAUCAAGUAGGUCAAUUUCCUCACUGGAACGUUUGGUCAGAGUGGAAUGGGAAGUAUCGUGACACUGUGCGUCAGUUCAUUAAAGGCACGGAUGGAUUUGCUGGUGCUUUUGCUGAAUGUCUAUGUGGAAGUCCACAGUUAUACCAGGCAGGGGGGAGAAAACCUUGGCACAGUGUCAACUUUGUCUGUGCACAUGAUGGAUUUACACUGGCUGAUUUGGUAACAUACAAUAACAAGUACAACUUGUCGAAUGGCGAGGACAACAGAGAUGGAGAAAAUCAUAAUCUUAGCUGGAAUUGUGGGGAGGAAGGAGAAUUUGCAAGCCUGUCAGUCAGAAGAUUGAGGAAGAGGCAAAUGCGCAAUUUCUUUGUUUGUCUCAUGGUUUCUCAAGGAGUUCCAAUGUUCUACAUGGGUGAUGAAUACGGCCAUACAAAAGGAGGGAACAACAAUACAUACUGCCAUGACCAUUAUGUCAACUAUUUCCGUUGGGAUAAAAAGGAAGAACAAUCCUCCGACUUGUACAGAUUUUGCCGCCUCAUGACCAAAUUCCGCAAAGAAUGUGAGUCUCUUGGUCUUGAGGACUUCCCAACGGCAGAACGGUUGCAAUGGCACGGUCAUCGGCCUGGGAAGCCUAACUGGUCGGAGGCAAGCCGAUUCGUCGCCUUCUCCAUGAAGGAUGAAACCAAAGGCGAGAUCUAUGUGGCCUUCAACACCAGCCACCUGCCGGUGGUCGUCGGACUUCCAGAGCGCCCAGGGUACCGAUGGGAACCGGUGGUGGAUACAGGCAAGCCAGCACCGUAUGACUUCCUCGCUGAUGACCUACCAGACCGCGCUUUCACCAUCCACCAGUUCUCUCAUUUCCUCAACUCCAAUCUCUACCCUAUGCUCAGCUAUUCCUCCAUCAUCCUUGUAGUGCGCUCUGAUGUUUGAAAGGACAGAGUGCAGCAUAGAAUGCAGUACAUAGUUCUAUAGCAAAUAAUGGAAUGAGUUCGGCUGCUCUUUCCUCAGAUA